GGCAUCUGAAGCAACAUCUCAGUCAAAAGGGAAAGGCAAAGGGUAUUUCACUUGGACUCCUGAAAUGGAUCGUGUAAUGGGCACCUGUUUUAUUGACCAAAUAAACCAAGGAAACAAAUUGGAUGGUAAAUGUGCAUGGAAAACAGUAGCCUACACCGCAGUAAUGAAUGCUUUAUUCGAUAAACUCAAUAUAUCUAUGACAAAGACUAAUAUUAUAUCUCGUUUGAAGACAUGGGAGAAACACUAUGACAUCUUAUACCCACUGCUCCAGUCCUGUAACUCUGGGUCUACGAUAAUAUGAGACUACUCUAGAGGUAGAAUUGAUGUUCGUAAUGAGGAUGUAUGGAAUGCUCGAGUUGGUGGGUAUGUUCAGAUCUAUGAGAGAGCUGGUGGGCAUGUUCAGAUCUUGCAAGAGAGCAUCCAGAUUCCAUUCUUGAUGGGAAGCUUGUUGUUUCUGGUAGGAGCAAUCCUUAACAGCAGAGAGCAGACAGGGCAUAUCCAUCGCGGUAUGAAAUUAUUGGGUUUGACGUGGAUAUGGAUUGGCAUAUUUGGGAGCCUGUUAUUCUUCGCUAGGGGCCUAGCAAAUCUUGUAAAAGUGUUCAAGAUGCAGCAAGGUGAUGGAUUACAGUUGGAGAAACUGCGAGGUGGAGCACAAGAGCGACUGCUUGACUUGAGAGAAGGCCAGGUGCCGUUCAUCUUGGAGGAGUCCUCUAGGAGGAGGGAAGGGCCUGCGGAGGAAGGGAAGAUUGCUAUUGUUCCUGCAACUCCUUACAAAGAUGUUCUCCUUAGUCAGACCUGAGUAUUUGGUGCUUCAAUAUCGUCUGUCUGUACCUGUUUCUUCUCCACGACUUGUAACAUGAUUCUGAAGUAGUAAUAGUGUCCAGUAUAACUCAAGCAUGUUAGAUUUUUUUUUCUUUUUGGUCCUUCCACCUUUCUCCACACCCUUUUCCACCAUCAACU